CUGGUGUUUGUCGGUUUGUGUGUCAAACCGCUUUAUCUUUCCUAAAGCACUCAAUAGUGCACUUAAACCGACUAAUUGUAGGCGGCCUACCGUUUGGUUUGGGACACGCAUUUCAGUACACAUUGUAACGCCCUGGACCUUUCCCUAUCCUCAACGAGUGCACUACCUCUGAGAAGGACGCUAGAUCUGUACACCCUAUGUAGUUAACUACAGUUCUAAGAGAAGGUGUUUUUGGGAUACAGCCCCGGUCUCCAUACAGGAGGACUUCCGCUUACAGAGCAGUUAUGGAUGAUGUCCACGUACGGAUCUGUGAGCAGGAGAUCAUCAAAUAUGAUCUGGAAAUUAAAGCUCUCAUACAGGAUAUUAGUGAAUGCACCGGGCCACACACUAAACUAACAGAGUUCAACAGUACAGUGAAGGAGAAAUUUGUCCGUCUUCGCCAGAGGAUCCAGGAUCUGGAGCAAAUGGGGAAGGAGCAGGAUAAAGAAUCGGACAAGCUGGCUUUGCUCAAACACGUGGAGGCACAUCGGAAACAGAUGCUCAGUAACCAGACAGCAUGGAGGAAAGCCAACCUGGCCAGCAAUCUGGCAAUUGAUAAACUGGAGAAAGAAGAUUUGUUGAGUGUAGGUGACACGGCUGCAAGACAGAGAAAGGUGACAAAGGAGAGCCUGGUUCAGACCUCCAGCGACAUCACCGAGAGCCUGAUGAGCAUCAGUAGAAUGAUGUCACAGCAGGUGAAGCAGAGCGAGGAGACCAUAAGCACUCUGGCCACAUCAUCAAGAACCGUUCAAGAAACCAAUGAAGACUUUAAGGCAAUGACAGGGACCAUCCAACUGGGACGAAAACUCAUCACAAAAUAUAACCGACGUGAGCUGACAGACAAACUGCUCAUCUUCCUGGCCUUGGCACUCUUUCUUGCCACUGUUCUGUAUAUCCUAAAGAAACGACUUUUCCCUUUUCUUUGAUCUUGAGCGCUCGGAAUAAUCCGACCAGGAUCCAGGAAUGGGUUUCCAUGUGCCAGUUUUACGGUUACAGAGUUGAAUUAAUGUUAAACUAAAUAGUUUGUUCAGUGAUGAUUUGUUCAUCAAUUCUAUUAUUAUCAAUUAUAUAUUUAUUCCAACACUUGCCUAAAUCUGUAUAAGGAAAGACAUCAGUGUGGUUUUCAGGAAGAAAAUGCACUUUAACUUUUAUAAAGUGUACAGUGAAUGACUGACCGAUGACCAACUUCUGCUCUUGUGCUAUUUUAUGUUGCUUAUUUUAAUCUAUUUUUUAUUCCACGAAGUAAUGACUAAUAAUUGUCAGUUAUCUUUAUGUUGUUCUGAAUAAGUCCUGUAUUAUGCAUAAUUGCACAUUCAAUACAAAGUCUUACUGUCAACCAGA